UGUGCCCCGUUUCAAACCACACGCCAAGGCCAGACACCACCACAUUUUGAAAACCUCAACUGAGACUCGAUCACGCCGGCCAGAGCGGACACAGCCCACGACGAUCGAGCUAGCUGAUCUAGCGCGCGAGCGAUGGCAUGCGUUAACAUGUACAACCCGGACGGUGCCGGCUCGGCGUUCGCCGGGCAGCGCAUCUCCUUCUCCAGCGACUUCUCCAUGGAGCCGCCGCCGCCGGUGCAGAACCGGGCGAUGGGGCUGCGGUGCCAGGAGGAGGACCAGAACUUCGAGUUCUCCGUGGGCAGCCAGCCCGUAGUUGGCAGCCACCCCAUGAUGGCUGCCGACCAGCUCUUCUCCAAGGGCAGGAUCCUCCCCUUCAAGGUCGAGGGACGCCCGCCCACCACGCUCCGCGAUGAGCUCCGCGGUGAAGAGGAGCGGGCGUCGUCCAAGGUGUCCAGCCGGUGGAGGGAGAUGCUCGGCCUCCGGAAGUCCCUCUGCGUCGGUGGCGGCACCAAUGCCGCCGCCAAGAAGAGCGACAAGGUCGCCGCCGUCGACGCCGAGAUCGCCGCCGACGUCGCCGCGUCCAAGCUGCAGGAGCUAUGAGGUGACCAGACGACGGAGACCGCACGACAUGAUCGAAAGCUUCUUUGUCUUCUUCCCGACCGUGAUGCAUUAAUCGUGCUCGCCAAUGGCUAGUCCCUGUAGAUCGUUUUGUGGUUUGUCUGAUUGCCGGUGUGCUAGCUAGCUAGAUGGCCAUUAUGUGUGUAUGUUGAAGAGCAAACAAUUCUGUAUUUUAGUUUUCCUUUCAUAAGUGCUCUGCUCGAUCUCUCUCUAGCUAGCUAGCUGCCCACUAGAUCCCCAUCACCUCACUGCUUCCUCCGAUCCUCUACUUCUUCCGAUCUUUGUUUUCUCCUUCACCAUCUCGCUUUGUCUGCCUGCCCUGCCUACGCUGUACAUAAUGCUUGUGUGUAGAUGGGAAAUUUAUGGUGCAAUGAUAAGCCUGCCAUAUGGCCAGAUCUGUGACGA